GUUGCAAAGCGGAAAGAAAAUGGCGGCCGUGGCUACAGAGCCAGGAGCUGCUGCAUCAACAACAACAGUAGGGGACGGGCUCGAGUACGAAGCGGAGCCGAGCGAGCAUGUGGCCGGUUUAGAGUCGGACUCGGCGGCGGGCUUCGUCCCGAAAAUGGAGCUGUGUCACCAGGCUGAGAGUGUGGAUGCAGUUCAGGAAUGCAGUCAGGUCCGAAGGCCGGAGAAGGCGCUCCGUGUGGACCCGGAGGAUGGACACAGAGGCUCGGUGCUCACGGACUGGACUCAGAACGACACCGGGCUUGCAGAGGAGCGGCUGGAAGAGUCGGGUUCUCCAAACGCACCAGCUGCUAAUAACGAGGUCAGUCCACAGAAGUCCAUCUCCUGCUUUGAGGAGCCACCAGAUCCUUCCUCUCAUCCUGCUCAUGAACCCGAGACUGGACCGGCCGUGACUCAACCAGUCCACAGUGAUCCCGAACCAGUAUCUCCUGCUGAUCUGGUCGCAUCAGAGACACAUCACAGUGAUGAUGAUGAUGAUCCCUGCUCCGACUCCAAACCUGCAGAAGAUGCUUUCCAUGAGUCUCCCAAACCUCAAUCCACUUCAUCAAGUUACACAAGUGACUCUUCUAACAUCUCCACUAAAGACUCUGUCCAACACCAACACCAUCCUCACCCUCACCCUUAUCUUCACCCUCACACCUCUCCAGAACCUCCAGAUGACCAUUCAGACUCGGCUAUGAGAGCAGAGCCUGAGCAGAAAGUGUGUCCAGAAACUGUAGACAGACAGCCUGAGACGAUCUGCGGGCUCGUACCUGGUUCUGAGGUCCGGGUCUCACUGGAUCACAUCAUCGACGAUGCACUUGUUGUGUCGUUUCGUUUAGGCGAGAAGAUCUUCUCUGGCGUGCUCAUGGACCUUUCCAAAAGUGAGAUUCAUCCUCUGGAUUUAACCCAUCUGAAGCAGCGAACGCACACAGAGCAGUGGGCAGCGCCCGGGGAGCAGUCAGGGGUUCGAUUUGGACCCUAUGGCAUUCCGAUAACUGUGUUUCCCAAGAGAGAGUACAAGGACAAACCAGAAUCUAUGCAGCUUAAGACUGAGAAGGGAGUCACUCGAGGAACACCUGACGUUCUUUCAGAGGAACCUGUACAGGGCUCUUCAGUGGCUCAACCCAGUCCUAACCCUGAGCCCAACCCAUGGACCGUAAAACCACCCCCUUUGUUUCAGGAGGGGGCUCCUUACCCACCUCCACUGUUCAUCAGGGACACGUACAACCAGUCGUUACCUCAGCCUCCACCUCGCAAGAUCAAACGGCCGAAGCGCAGGUUAUACAGAGAGGAGCCCACCUCUAUUAUGAAUGCCAUUAAGCUUCGACCGAGACAAGUGCUGUGUGAUAAAUGUAAAGGGGCUGUGGUACAAGGGGAGAAGCGUGAAACACGCAGAGGCCCUAUAUCAGACUGCCGGAGUGAUGAUGCAAAGCGUCGGCGAAAUGAGAGCGCAGCUCCGGGUUCUGGGAAGCGGCCUCGCAACGAGGCACGCUCAGAGGACAGGAGCCGCUCAGCCGACGUGCCCAAGAGGCAAGCUGCAGCGAUACGGGUCACUUCUUCAACCCCGUCCACCUUGGGCCAGAGCCAAGUAAAAGGAACAGCUGCAGGGAGCCGAGUGAUUAAAGGAGUGCCUGCCACAGCACCAGCCUCAGCCAACUCCCGAGUCCAGCUCAGUGCCAAGAAAGUGCUGCAGAGUAAAAAUGUUGACCACUCGAAGGCACGUGAAGUUCUAAAGAUGGCCAAAGCACAGAAAAGGCAGAGGGAAUCGGUCACCAGCAGCAGCGGGAACACGAAGGCCAUGACGAGGGCCGCGGCUCUUCAGGAGGCCCACCAGAAAGUCCACUUCACCCGCCGACUGCAGCAGACCAGUGGAGGAGGACCAGGCAUGUCCAACCCGCUGCCACCCAGGAUGCGCAUCAAGCCUCAAAGGUAUCGUAACGAAGAAAAUGAUUCUUCCUCAUGUAAGCCACCUUGCUUGGAGAAAGUGUCGGGAGGAGGGCGUUUAACGCUGCCUAAGCUAGCUGCUCCUCGCUGCACCUCCACACGCUCCGCUGGCCAGGCCACUGAGCCUCAGGGGCCAGACAGAGAGCUGGAUCCCCCGUUGAGGCAGGUGCGACCCAAACCCCAACCACUCUCCCAGCCACCUUUGGACCACAGCAAACCCCAGCCUGAGCCAGAGGAACAGGGGCAGGAGAUGCGUGGGAGCAAGGCUAGCAACCUGGUGGUGUACAUGACCCUGAAACCCAGGCAGCCCGACUCCUCUAGUACGUCCAUGUGCAGCAUCGAUAGUGCAGAUGACUUAAAGUCAUCAAACUCUGAGUGUAGCUCGACCGAGACCCUUGACUUCCCUCCUCCUGGUGAUUUUCGAUCUGCCUCUGCUCCCGGCACAUCUUCCACAUUCGUCUCUGCCUCAUCCUCUGCUCCCAAGGAUUCAAAAAAGCGCAGUAAAUCCCUCAAAGCUGCAGUUUUUUCCAAAAAUGUCUCGAAGUGUGUUGCUCUGGAUGGCAGGACCAUUUGCGUAGGGGACAUUGUAUGGGCUAAAAUCCUUGGCUUUCCUUGGUGGCCUGCCCGCAUCCUAGCUAUCACAGUGAGCCGCAAAGAUAACGGCCUGUUAGUCAGGCAGGAGGCCCGCGUCUCCUGGUUCGGGUCGCCUACCACUUCCUUCCUGGCAAUUACUCAGCUCGCCCCCUUUCUAGAAAACUUCCAGUCUCGCUUUGACAAGAAGAGAAAGGGCCUGUACCGUAAAGCCAUCACAGAGGCCGCCAAGGCAGCCAAACAGCUCACGCCCGAGGUUCGCGCCUUGCUAACUCAGUUUGAGACGUGAGUCUGUGUGCCUUUGAAAGGUAGGCAAAGCAGGUGCCGCUUUUGCCCCGUACCCCUUUCAGAAAAGAAAGAAUACAAACUCUUCACCCCUUAACCGUACCCAGCCACCUUGCAGAGAGAAACGCAAAAAGUGUCAGGCCAGUCAACCAGGACUCCAUUUAUUUUCAUGGGUAAAGCAGGAAUUAGGGGGUCUGGGGAGUUGAAUGUUGUUGGAAGUUGACUAUGAUGAUGAUGAUGAUGAUAGGAAAUGGUUGUCAUGAUUCAUGUGCCGAAGUAUUCUCAUGUAUAAUUUAACUUUCUGUUGAGCCCAUAUGCCAUAUUGAAUCUAUCGUUUGAUAUUUUCACGUCAGUAUAUUACUGUAUUAGUGCAUAAUUAAGCCUUUUUUUCUUCCCAGAUCACUCAUUUGCUUCAACCUGUAGUGUCAUAUAGUACAAGAUCCAGUCAGUGGAAGAAAUUUGUAUUAUUUUUUAUUAUUAAUGUUAUUAUUCCUAAUCUUUUAAAUAGUAUUUAUUGAAUUGGACGUUAGACAGGAUAAAUGGUUCUAUAGCUAAAAGGACAUUUCAGGGAGAUGUGAACAUUGGUCCAGAUUCAGACAGAUUGUUGUCUCCAGUUUAUAGCUUCCUUGUGGGUACGUGGAAAGGAGGUGAUGCGGGCUUUGACGGAAACGGUUUAGUGUUCACAAGGAGUUCGAACCACGACGCUAGACGUCUCUUAGUCCGAUACAUGCUGUAAAGCUGAACGACGCAUCUUAAGGCCUGCGCAUGAGAAAUAAAGACGGAGAGUAAAAUGUGAAUAAGGACCCUGGCGGGUACAAGUUCUCUAACUCAGGUAGACAAAAGAGAUUUGCCUGGUGCUGCUCCUCCUUUCUAAUCAGACUUAAUCGGAUGCUGGAUUCUCGGCCUGAGGAAAAGAGGAGUGUUGACCUGGGUGUGGUUCUUGGCCAGCUGUGGCUUCGCAGGCAGUUUAGCUGAGGUUUUGUCGGCGUGUACAAGCCAAAGCCGCCUCAAGUGCCAGAGAGCGGAGCGAGCAGAGGCCCUGUUCAUCUCUUAGCGCAGACAACCAGAAGCAGACGCGCCAGCCGAACCGAGCAGUCCCGAUUCCCACCCUCACAGCUGCAACUGCUCGCUUCACUUCUCCUCCUCCUCCUCUCCUUCCUCUCACCCACUUCACAGCUCUUCUCGUCUCCAAUUCUCUCCUCCAUUUAUCGCCAUCUCACAUCUUUCUGUCCUGCCUUUCCCACGUGUUUGUCUUCCACGCUCUGUCUCUGUCUCACAUAUAUAUGUCUUAUCUCAGAUACUCCUGUUCCCUCCCUCGUUCGUUCGUGUGUGGAUUGUGGUAGUUUUCUUUUUGUUCACCUGUUGUUUAUCAUCAUACUUCAUCAUAAGCACACUUUGUUCCACUUAAGCAUUAAAAUUCAUAAGUUGCAUUGUACCGUUCAGAGAAGACUGUUAUUAAAGUGUCUCGCCGUAAACUAGAGCACUGAAGCACAAGACAGCAGUUCUGAUAAGUAAAUCUAAUAUGUUUAACCAUAAUUAUGCGUUAAAGGUUUUUUUUUUUUUUUUAAAUCAUGUUGGCUUAAUAGUUCAAUGAUUUCUCUCAUUCUAGUGUUUUGUCUCUCGGAUGAAUGUUUUUUUUUUUUUUUUUUAAUUGUUUGUUUGUUGUGCCUGAACUUUAUUUUAAUGCCAUUCCCUUUUUUUUUUUUUUUUUGGGAUCACAGGGCUGAACAUGUGGGAUACGCAAAUGUAUAUAGAUAUAUCUAUCUAUCUAUACGGUAUUCGACAUGUAAUAUACCAGAUUAAUUGGGCGAGGAAGUGACGACGUGCUGAGAACAUUUCAUACCUGAGAACAAAUGAUUUUAAAUUUGUAUGAAGCAAGUGAGUCAUGUUAAGAGAAAAUGUGUAAUUUUUCUGUAUCCAUGUUUGUCCUUCACUUGCAUUAGCAUUCUGAACUGUGUAUUUUUUCCACCUGAGAAGGGAUUUACUGUAAGAGAGUCACAUAAGCAGAGAUCAGGAGCUUGAGAUUUAAAAAAAAAAUAAUAAUAAUAAUAAUAAACACACACACACUUUGCUUGGUAGACCACACUGACUGACUGACGUUUAUUUGUCAAAAGCAGAGCAAAAUGGUAUUUAUUUUUUGGUGGUUGGCUUUAUUUCAUUUCAAUCUCUUUUUUUUAUUUUUUACAUUUAUUAUUUCUAUCUGU